CCUUGUAGAAUUCCUCCAUAUGAAGAAUCGUUUCUGUGCUCCUCCCUCUUCCGAUCUGCGCUUCAUUCCCCGUCGCGUCUAGGCUCGGAUUUCUCAAAUCAAGGCUCUAGCCGCAGUUCAUUCAGGGAGAGUUUGAAUGUUAGAAUCAGCGUUCCUAGACGCAUUCUGCAACGCGCGGCCUCUCCCCCUCCUCCGCGCGACGACGACGACCAUCCCGCGACCUCGCCGGUCCAAAGCGAGGAGUACCUCCUCGGUCCUGCCUGCUCGGCGCGCUGCGAGCCCCCGGAGUCAAACCGCUACGGCUCCCCGCCUCGGGAACCGCGCUCGGCGCUCCUCGUGUCGGACAACCCCUUCUCCCACGCCGCGCUCGUGUGCCGGCGAUGGCUGGCCAUUGCGCGCUUCGCCGUGCUGUCGAUCCGCGUAACCGACUCGGAAUCGGAGAGUAACCACCUGUGCCCGCGCAUGCUUGCGCUCUCGCUCUCCCGCGGCUUCCCCAAUCUGACCCGAAUUCAUCUGCGCGGCCUUCACAAUGUGGACUUUCUGGAACGCGCGUUCCUCCGCCCGCUCGCGGAUUUCUGUCCGCGUUUAGAGUGUCUCGACAUAGCGCAUGUGCCGAUCUGGUGGCCCGGAAAGCCGGAGUAUAAGCAUGGGGCGGGGGAUAACGGCCUCGAGUACCUGUUUUUGAGGUGCACGCGGCUGCAGGACGUGCGGCUAGGGUCCAUACGCGAUAUAGCACUGCUUCCGUACUCGCUUCUGGCCCUCCCGCGCCUCCGCGUGCUGCACCUGCGAGCACCGGAUCUUCAAGAGGUCGACCACUUGAAGCACGGCGAGGAGAUCAGACCAAUCACGUCGUACCAGCUGUCCUCCUCCCUCCAGGAGCUCGACCUCUCUUGCUGCACCUCCCUGCAGUUCCCCGAAACGUUUCUUUCACUGCUGCCCGGACUGAAAAAACUCUCCCUUGGCCGCGGGAGCCCCCUCGUGUCCUUCCCUCCCUCCCUGCCUGCCCAUCUCCAUUCCCUCUCCUCCCUUUCCUUCACCAGCUGCAGCCAGCUCACCGCCCUUCCAGAUUACAUAAGCCUGCUGUCUUCCCUUGUUCACUGUGAGUUUGUGGACUGUCAACGUCUACAGCACCUUCCGCCCACUUUCCCUCUCCUGCCUCGCCUCCAGCGCCUCUUGAUUGCCAACUGUGGAUCCUUUUCAGCCCUUCCUGACAGUAUAGAGCUGCUCACCUCCCUGCGGAGGCUAGAAGUUAGCGCUUGUAGAUUGCUUUUCGAGCUGCCCGACUCUUUCACCGGCCUGUCGAACCUCGAGUGCCUAGAAAUUACCGCCUGUGAAAACUUCGACAGGUUCCCUCCAGCUGUCCGCUCCCACUUCAGUGCGUUGACCCACCUGCACCUUUCAGGCUUACCAACGGAUCUUAACCUGCCUGGGCUCCUCUCUCAGAUGCCCGGACUUGAGAUUUUCCAUCUGCAUCACUAUGACCGGCACAGCCUCGCACACUCUCUCAACUCCCUCUCCUCCCUCCUCUCCCUUCACUUAGAGACUCUCCCCCGCCUCGUCUCUCUCCCCCCUGACUUCACCGUUCUUUCCCGCAUCCAAGCCCUACACGUAGUCGACUGUGAGAGCCUUUCCUCACUCCCUUCCCUUCUCCCUCCCUCCCUCACUCUCCUCUCGAUCUCCUGCUGUCCGGAAAUCUCCGCCCUCCCCCCUUGUGUCUCCUCUCUCACCUCCCUCCACUCCCUUUCCAUCCGCUACUGUUCAAGCAUGCUCCAGUUGCCACCUACCCUCACGUGCCUCACCAGUCUAACGAGUAUCAGUCUGGCGGGUUGCAGCGCUCUCAAGAGCAUUCCAACAGGGCUUUGGGAGCUGCCACGGCUGCAGCUGCUGGACGUGGAGGGAGGUGAGGCGGUGGGGGGGAUGACAACGUCUGUAAGCUUGCAGCGGCCGUAGGGAAGCAUUCCUGUAAGCUUGCAACGUGGGGAGCAUUCCUGCGGAGCUUAGGGAGCUGCAGCUUCUGGAUCUGGAGGGAUGUGAGGCGGGGGGGGUGAGGAGGAGGAGGGCAUGUGAGGAGGAGGGAGGAUGCGAGGAGGAGGGGUAACGAAACUGCGGGUGCCAUGCAGGUUACCAGAGGUCGGGUUUCUGAGGUGCCUCAGACGGCGAUUUUGGGAGUGCAUAGGGAGUUGUAGGCUUCCGCAUGCGUCCUCGUGGUGCCACGCAUGUUCGCAGAGGCCAGCCUCUGAGAUGAGACACACGACCCUAUGGUAAGGCAAGAGGAUGAUUAGGAGAACGUCGAACCAAGUGAAGUCUUUUUAGUAUUUAUGCCCGGGAAUUGCAAUAAAGGUGUAACUGCAGCUUUGCUGAUGGUGUAAUUUUAAAGUGCUUGGUAGCUACACUAGCAUAGCAUUGAUGUCAACUUAUACAUAUUAGCUAUGUAGAAGUUAUAGGCUAGAUUGAGGUAUGCUUCUAGUGAGUACAACCAACUAGUAUUUGUUCUAGGUUUCCACUUCUAGU